CUUGUUUCAUAGGAAGCUUCCUGGAAGUUGCCAUGGCUCUCACUGCUCCCACUCUCCAUUUAAGCCACCCACCUUCGUCUCUCUUUCUCCUCAACCCAUCAACUCUUUCUUCUUCUUCUUCUUCUUCUUCUUCUUCUCUUUGUAUACUUUUCUGUUUUUGGGUUACUCAAACUUUCCGCCAUGAAUCAGUUCAUCAAGGUAAUCAGCCCCAAACGUCUCUUUCGAUCCAAAAAGGACCGAUCUAUUGUCUCCAGAUCUGACCCUUCAUCGUAUAGUUAUGGCGCUUUGUCGUCUACGUCCUCGGAAUCUUCUAUUUCCAAUGAUAAGCAAGGUUCAAGAGGUGGUGUGGUUGAUUUCGGAACGCCCACUACUGUUCUCCCUGAAAUAUCAGGUGACUGGUCUGAUAUCUCCUCUGAUAUUUAUUCAGAGCUGGUUCAGGCUUUUAAGCUGAUAGACAGGGAUAAUGAUGGGAUUAUUUCGAGGACUGAGUUAGAGGCUCUGUUGAGCCGAUUAGGAGCGGAGCCACCUAGCCAAGAGGAGUUGGCGAUGAUGUUGAGCGAGGUGGACCAAGACGGUGAUGGGUACAUAAGCGUGGAGGCUCUAAUGAACCUGAUCGGCUCGGCCUGUGAGCCGGCAGCCGACGAAGAGCUGAGAGUGGCAUUCGAGUUCUUCGACACGGAUCAGGAUGGGAAAAUAACAGCAGAGGAGCUACUUGGAGUUUACAAAUCUAUCGGGGACGAGCGGUGCACGUUAGACGAUUGCCGGCGCAUGAUAGCAGAGGUCGAUAAGAACGGGUAUGGGUUCGUAUGCUUCGAAGAUUUUUCUCGGAUGAUGGAGCUUCAAAGAUGAUCAUGUCUUUUAUUUAGAUCGUGUGAUUGUGGUGCUCUUGAUAAAUGUCUUUUUUUUUUUUUUUUUUUUUCUGAAUCGAGUGAUGUAGGGUGGAGUAGCUAAGGGAGAUGAGAUGUGUAAAGAUCUGAACGGCCCUGAUUGCUUGAUCCAGCUGGCGUAUAAUAUUGCUUCUUUCAGCCGUAUAUAUAACAUAAUCAGAUAAUUACUUGAAAA